UCGAUUGCAAGCUCGCGGGCAAAUCGUUUCGACGGACAUUUACGAGCUAACACAUGAUUCCCAGGCUCGUACGUAAAUGCUACUACGAUGCUUGCACUUCCAACAACGCCAGUCCACCGACAACACAACGGCCGAGCUAACUACGCGAGCACGCGCACCGCAAAAUAAUUCCGUUUCCGGGUUGUUCGUGAAUGAACUCGAAUCAGAAAAACAAGACACCGAAUGGUUAACGAAUCACCAAGAGGAUUUACUGAAAGGGAAUUAUGUUACAAGGAGAAGAAAGUCAAGGUCGACAUUGGAGGAAAAUUCAGAAGGAGAGAAGACCGAGGAGACAAGUCCAAAGAUACGAAGAAAAUGGAAGCCGCGAAGAAAAAGAAAAUUCAAGAGAUCCCUACUUCCUGAAAGCAUUGAGAACGCGACUAGUACCAUCAAUAGCAUCGAGGACUCCUCCGAUGUGGUAAAGUCACGAAAGUGCAUUUGUCCGUGGAAAUGUCCAAGUAAAGAAGAGAAAAGAUAAAAAUCGAAAGGGAUAGCUUCCAAACCUUUUCUCCUUUCGAGAUUUCGAGCUUCUUUUCUUUUUCUUUUUUUUCAUUUUCUUUGUUUUUUUUUUCUUCCUUAU